AAAAAUCUGCAAUCUCUGGUUCAGUAGGGACCACACUGGCACUCAGAGAGCAGUGUGGGAAAUAUUGAAUAUUUCGCCUGGGAUACGUUGUAUUUCAGAGCAGUUUCCAGCCGGUUACUUGUACUUAUUUAUUAUAUUUACUUCUGUCUGCAUAGAUAGGUCCCUCAAAAGCACUUAAUAUUGUUUACCAAAGAAAUGGUGAUGGAGAAGCCAAGUCCCCUGCUUGUAGGGCGGGAGUUUGUGAGGCAGUAUUACACACUUUUGAACAAGGCACCCGAUUUUCUGCACAGGUUUUAUGGGAGGAAUUCUUCAUAUGUACAUGGAGGAAUUGAUCCAAGUGGGAAGCUGGCAGAGGCUGUAUAUGGACAAGCGGAAAUCCACAAGAAGGUCAUGUCAUUGCAGUUCAGUGAAUGCCACACAAAAAUCAGGCAUGUUGACGCUCACGCCACGCUGAGUGAUGGAGUCGUGGUGCAGGUCCUCGGAGAAUUGUCCAACAAUGGCCAACCGAUGAGGAAAUUCAUGCAAACAUUUGUGCUUGCUCCAGAGGGUUCAGUGGCAAACAAGUUCUACGUCCACAACGACAUCUUCUGCUAUGAGGACGAAGUCUUUGGAGACUCGGAGGCUGAGCUUGAUGAAGAAUCAGAGGAGGAGGUUGAGGAGGAGCCGGAGGAGAGGCAGGCGUCCCCAGAGCCGCUUCAGGAAAGUCCCAACAGCACCACCUACUAUGAAGCUCACCCUGUUGCUAAUGGUGUGGAGGAGCCCAUGGAGGAGCCAGCCCCAGAACCGGAACCGGAACCUGAGCAGGAGCCAAAGGUCGAGGAGGUUAAACCUGAGGUAGAAGAAAAGGUGAUGGAAGAAAUGGAGGAGAAGAUGCCUUCACCGGCACCAGUGGAGUCUCCACCAAACGCCCAGGAGCCCGCCAAGCCUUUCUCCUGGGCUUCGGUGACCAGUAAAAACCUGCCUCCUUCUGGCACAGUCACCUCCUCUGGACUCUCUCCACAUGUUGUUAAAGCUCCAAGCUCACAGCCCCGGGUUGAAGCCAAGCAGGAGACGCAGGCAACUCCUCUCCGCCCCAGAGACCAGCGGACCCGUGACAGACCGACCUUCAGCCAGCGAGGUCCCCGACCCGACGGUGUUCCAUCUUCAGAGUCACAAACGGGGAAACCACACCUAAGUUUUGUCAACAAAGGUGGAAGAGAUGUUGAAUCUGGAGACAUGGACGGCAGACGGAUCGUGCGGUACCCUGACAGCCAUCAGCUUUUUGUCGGCAACCUCCCGCACGACAUCGACGAGGCUGAGCUCAAAGAGUUCUUCAUGACAUACGGCAACGUGGUGGAGCUGCGAAUCAACACCAAGGGAGUUGGUGGAAAGCUGCCCAACUUUGGAUUUGUGGUCUUCGACGACUCUGAUCCCGUGCAGAGAAUCCUGGGGGCCAAGGUAGAAGGGCCCAUCAUGUUUCGAGGUGAGGUGCGCCUGAACGUGGAGGAGAAGAAGACGAGGGCCGUGCGCGAGCGGGAGACCCGAGGCGGAGACGACCGUCGGGACAUGCGGCGCAGCGACCGGGGCCCGGGAGGUCCACGAGGCAUCGUGGGACCCGGAAUGAUGCGGGAACGCGACGGGAGGGGCCCGCCGCCCCGAGGCGGCAUGGCCCCCAAACCCAGCAUGGGUCCUGGAAGAGGCUCCGGCGGGCAGGGGGAGAAUCGCUUCACCCCGCAGCGCCGCUGAGAAGAGCGCCACCUGUAGUGUGGAAGUAGUAUCGUGUUCCUCAUCCUCAGCCGUACUCAUAAAUGUAUAAAGUAUAUAAUUGGUGGUGUAUUCUUUUUCUUUGUUUUUUUUUUUUUUUUGCCUUUUUUUUUUCUCCUUUUCUUGCUUUGGAAUGUGACACAGUCUGUCGACCACUUUGUGAAAUAGACAAAACAAGCAAACAGAAAAAAAAAUUGUUCGCUGAUUAGUUGUGAGCUGAGCAUCCUUUUUUGGGGGUAUUUCAAGAAUUCAAACUUGAAUUUGUCAAUUUGUGAAUAAAGGCAACCCAAGCAGGACUAAUCUGCCACAUUUCGGAGGGACUGAUGAGACUUUUUUAAUCUACCGCAGUGCAGCCCAUCACUUUCAGAGAUUAUAAACCUUGACUUAAACUUGAGGUGUUGAUUCAUGAAAUUCCUCAAUUGCACAUUUUAUAUUGUAGUUUUCUGCCCGUUAUUGUCAAGGAAGAGUGAGAUGCAGAAUUGGUUGCAGUUUCGGAGGAAAAGCCUUUCAUCUUUUCCCUUUUUCAGAGAAAAAGAGACCACUGCUACAGAAUUGCAUAAUGCACUAAAGGUACUUGUGUCUCGUUAUGUUGUCGUCCUCGUUGGACCGCGGCUGUAGAGAAGCGAAACAGCCUGGCUGCUGUGACCGAUGUACUUUUCCAAUGUUUGACCCAAAACUACUCUGCAGUCACUGCUGGAUGGACAAGCAAAUCUACAACAUUAUUUUUAAUUUUUUUUGUCAUUUGUAAAUUAAGUUCAACCUGGACUUGACCUUUAACCAAACGAGUGAGUGGGGCGGUGGGGACAGAGGAGCAACAGAUGGAUGAUGGCAGCUUGCUGUUUAUAUUUUGAUUCCAGCUUUUUGUUUUUCUUGACUGCGAAUCCGGGAUGAGCGAAACCUUUCCUCCCUUCCUGUCAUGAGUGCGGAGUAACCGAAUAAAUGUACAGCAAAAAUCACGGUUUACUGUAUGCUUUGCUUUUCUGUGUGUAAUUUUUAUUUUCUCUCGACUCGAUUUUAAUGAGAAAAAAAAGAAAAAAGCAUGAUGGUGCCUUCUAGUUCACCUUUUCAAGUCUUACUGAAGGGCAAAGCGGUUCGGGGUGAAAAGAGCUGCUCCUUUUUGAACUAUUCUCUGCAGGGAGCAGACGGAAAUAACACAGUAUUCAUAGGAUUUACGUUCUUCAGGGGCAGAUUUCACUCUUUCUGUACUGUUCAACUACCUAAGAUGAUCUGCUGUGAGCUUUGUACAUUUUUCUUUGCUGUAAUUUGUCUUCUUUUGGGUUUUGUAGAGACAACCGGUGCCUGCAGUUUUGUUAAAUAGUUAAUAAAUGCAUCUAAGGAACUUUUUACCCCCCUCCCAAAAACAAAAGGUACAGUAACGAUGGUGACGAUGAAAUGUUUAAUCCCUGGUUUUCCAGAUCGCGGCUCGACGUGGGCUUGGUUUACUGUUGAACCUUUUUAUUUUUGCACCUCAUGGCAGCACUUUGGAUAAUUCUUGGACUCACAAGUUUCCCAACAGUUUUGUACCUGCAGCCUUCAGUCGAGUAAAUAAUUGUGGACAUUUUUCUAUUGUCAAUGCAUUUGUAUUUUCAUAUGCUGAACAUUCACUGUGCUCAUUUGUAGUCGUUUUUUUGUUUUGUUUUUCCUGCUUACGGCCAAACUAGUCAGCGCUGCGCUCAUCUGAACGGGAUCAGUUUUUUGCUUUUGAAUCAUCCGGUAGGGAGGGAAGACUUCGGUUUCCGUCGGGGAAAGGAAGACGUGAGCGUUUAAUUUCUUUAUUUUAUUUUUUUUUUUGUGAUUAUUUUGUGUUGCACUGAAAUGGAAAAGUUAAAUGAUGUAGCAUUUUUCUUUUUUGUUCUUAUUCUUUGACAAAUAUACUUUGGUCUUCCUCAUCUGGCUGGUGUUGCACUAAUUCUGAGGUUCUUGGGACAAUCUGAGCAACAGGACUUUCAAGAAAAUUUCUCCAGCAUUGAACUUUACAUCUGUCAUUAGACUACAACUGUCAACUGAUUUGACUUUACAGCUGUCAAUUUUUCAGCUGGACGUGUUUAAACUCUCACAAUAAGCUUACAGAUGUGGCUGCAAGCCGAUUGGAUCUUACAUCUGUCAUAGUUGCUCACAGCCGUUUCUGUAAGCUGAUCAGACUUUCCAGCUUUACAUCUUACAGCUGGACUAUACUUAUUCAACUUACUGUUGCUUACAGCCAUGGCUGUGACACAGUCGCACUCACAGUCAUUGCUUUAAGCUAAUUGGCUUGUACAUCUGCAUCAGUGGCUUAAACCCAUGGCUGUAAGCUAAUUGGACUUUACAGUUGUCACCAUAGCAGCGUGCAGUCAUGGCUGUUGGCGUUACAGCAGUGGUCCAUGAGGAGAGAGGGUGAAGAAGAGCCAUCAUGCUUUCAGAUCAAUACAUAUUACUAAUGGAAAAGUUGUUAAAUUUCCAGUCUGUAAGUUUUCCAGAUUGCUCUUUUGUGUCCAAAUCCAGUCCGAGGUAAAAGUGAAUCUGUAAAUUUAUCCCCCCCUUCAUUAAAACGAACCAUUCCAGCCCUUUCCAAGUGAAAACAGAAAUGCCUUGCCGGCAUUAGCAGUUGUGGUGAACAGCUGGCUGCCAUCAUAGUUUUACUGUGUUUACCCUUUAACUUUUAUUCUAGUGCAAAAUGUUGCAGGUGGAGAAUUCUUUCAUUUUUAGUUGUUUUUAGUUUAGAUUUUCUUUUAUUUUCCCGCUUUUGCAAUCCUGAAUGUGUUGGAUUUAAAUACAAUAAACUACUGAUAACA